UGUUCUGCAGUGUGAUACACAACGAGGAGGCUAAGAGUACCUGCCCUGCAGUGUCACUUCUCUAGGCGGCAUGCAAGCUUGGUAGGGUGAAGGCUUCAUUGCAUGCCCAUCUGAUUUUCUCUCUGUCAGCUGGUUGGAGCAUUGUGGUAUUCUCUCUUAUUUCUCCACUUGUGUGUGGUUCUCCUACUUCUUUGUCUGGGGUGCAGAUGGGUAUAAGCUUCGGUUCUGAACUGGACUGCUGGUGAACAAUGUGCCCAAACUCCAUUCUACGUUGUCAGGCACACUGUCAUUCACUUGGGAGGGUUGUUGAAUGAGCUGACUCAUUCCUCAUUCCACACAGGGAAUAGCAAUAUCUCUGAAGGAGGACUGGGUUUUGCUCAGAGAAGUCUGCCUAACUUCUCACUUUUUUCUUCUCCUAGAGCAGGUCUGCAUACUCGGAGGCAGCAAAUGUCCAACAGCACCUUCCCCACUGAGUUCCUCCUCCUGCCAUUCGCAGACACGCGCGAGCUGCAGCUCCUGCACUUCGGGCUCUUCCUGGGCAUCUACCUGGGUGCCCUCCUGGGCAACGGCCUCAUCCUCACAGCCGUAGCCUGCGACCACCGCCUCCACACCCCCAUGUACUUCUUCCUCCUCAACCUCGCCCUCCUCGACCUGGGCACUAUUACCACCACUGUUCCCAAAGCCAUGGCCAAUUCCCUCUGGGACACCAGGGCCAUUUCCUUCUUUGGUUGUGUUACCCAGGUCUUUAUGUUUGUCACAUUUGUCACAGCAGAGUUUUCUCUUCUCACCAUCAUGGGUUAUGACCGCUACAUUGCCAUCUGCAAACCCCUGCACUAUGGGACAAUAAUGGACAGCAGAACUUGUGUCAACAUGACAGUGGCUGCCUGGGCCUGUACUUUUCUCUAUGCUGUGCUGCACACUGCCAAUACCUUUUCCCUCCCCCUCUGCCAAGGCAAUGCCCUGGACCAGUUCUUCUGUGAAAUUCCCCAGAUCCUCAAGCUCUCCUGCUCAAAUGCCUACAUCAAAGAGGCUAGGCUUAUUGUGGUUAGUGCCUGUUUACUAUUUGGGUGUUUUGUUUUCCUUGUGCUGUCCUAUGUGCAGAUCUUCAGGGCUGUCCUGAGGAUCCCCUCAGAGCAGGGAAGGCACAAAGCCUUUUCCACAUGCCUCCCUCACCUGGCUGUGGUCUCCCUGUUUAUCAGCACUGCCAUAUUUUCCUACCUGAAGCCCUCAUCCAUGUCCUUCUCAUCCCUGAAUCUUUUGCUGGCAGUUUUGUACUCGGUGGUGACUCCAGCAGUGAACCCCCUUAUCUACAGCAUGAGGAACCGGGAGUUGAAAGAUGCGGUGUGGAAAGUGAUGAAUGGAUGUUUUUCAGAAGGAAUAAUCUGCCCGUCUUAG